AUGGCUAAUCAAAGGAGUAAUGAAGCAGCCAUAAAGAAUCUAGAAAAUCAAGUGGGUCAACUUGCAAAGCAAUUGUCCGAGCAACAACCGGGAGGAUCCUUCUCCGCCAACACCCAAACCAAUCCAGAGGAACAUUGCAAAGCCAUUGUUACAAGAAAUGGGAGGAAGGUGAAUAACGGCGUGAAUGAAGAGGUUAUAAUGGAAGAUGAGGAGGAAGUAAUAGUUGAAGAGGAAGAAGUGGAAGUGAUAGUUGAAAAUGAGGGAGAAAAGAGUGAGGAAAAGAUAGAGGAAGAAUUAGUUGAAAAAGAGAGAAAAGAAAACGAAGAAAGUGAGAAAAACAACAAAAAAGUGAAGAGGAAUAAAAAGAGAGAUGAACAAAAGAGCACAAUCCCAUCCCAACACUUACCAUACCCACAUGCCAAAUCAAGGACGGAUAAUGCAAGGCAAUACGCUAGGUUUAUGGAUAUUUUCAAACAACUCCAAGUGAAUAUCCCAUUUUCCGAAGCGUUAGAACAAAUGCCAAAAUAUGCAAAGUUCAUGAAGGAUAUUCUCACCAAGAAAAAGAGGUAUUCGGAAGAGGAAACUAUUUUACUUGAUGCUCGUUGUAGUGCCAUAAUCCAAAAGACACUACCAAAGAAAGAAGCCGAUCCGGGACGUGUUACUUUGCCGGUUACAAUCGGAGGCCAUUACAUAGGUAACGGUUUGGUUGAUUUGGGCUCAAGCAUUAAUUUAAUUCCAUUGUCUAUCAUCAAGAGGCUGGGAAACAUAGAGAUGAAGCCAACCCGAAUGACUUUGCAACUAGCCGAUAAGUCUCUCACCUCUCCUUACGGAGUUGCGCAAGACAUGCUAGUCAAAGUGGAUAAAUUUUUGUUCCCGGUAGAUUUUGUGGUAGUUGAUAUGGAAGAAGACCGUGAUGUACCAUUGAUACUUGGAAGACCUUUCAUGAAAACAGCCCGGAUGAUGAUCGACAUAGACGAUGGUCUUAUGAAGGUGAGAGUGCAAGAUGAAGAAGUCACUUUCAAUCUCUUUGAAGCAAUGAAGCAUCCCAAGGAUAAACAUGAUACAUUUCGAGUCGAUGCUACCGACAAGGAGAUCGAGGAGGUUGCUAAUCAAGUUCACAUCUCUAGUCCCUUGGAAAGAUCUCUUAUAGGAGCAUACAAUGUCUUAUCCGAGAUUGAAGAAAAAGAAAUGGAAGCAUUCUUGAAUGAGUUGGAAUCUUGUGGGGAGAUUGAUCAUAAUGAAGAAAAAGUAGAAGAGUUAAAUGCGGAGAAGAAAGUGGAAGAAUCAAAAAUGGAGUUGAAAAUGUUGCCAUCUCAUUUGAAGUAUGUUUUUCUUUGUGAUAACUUCACUAAGCCGGUGAUCAUUAGUAAUUCUUUGUCUACUCAAGAGGAGAAGCACUUAAUUGACGUGUUAAAGAAGCAUGAAGGUGCACUGGGGUGGGUUUUAUCCGAUUUGAAAGGUAUUAGCCCCGCUUAUUGCAUGCACAAAAUCAUGAUGGAGGAUGAUUACAAACCGGUUGCUCAACCUCAAAGGCGGCUCAACCCAUCAAUGAAGGAAGUCGUGAGAAAGGAAGUAGUUAAACUAUUGGAGUCCGGGAUGAUUUAUCCUAUUUCCGAUAGCGAAUGGAAUCUUGAGGUGGUGUUGGAGAGAUGUGUGAAGACUAACCUUGUGCUAAAUUGGGAAAAAUGCAAUUUUAUGGUCACCGAAGGAGUGGUUCUUGGACACAAAAUUUCUUCCAAAGGACUUGAAGUUGACAAAGCCAAAGUGGAAAUCAUAGAGAAGCUGCCACCAUCAACCAACAUCAAAGGACUAAGGAGCUUUCUUGGACAUGCCGGUUUCUAUAGAAGAUUCAUCAAGGAUUUUUCGAAGAUAGCAAAGCCAUUGAGUAAUUUACUCAACAAAGGUACGCAUUUUGAUUUUGAUGAGUCUUGUCUAAAAGCAUUUCUUGAGCUGAAAGACAAAUUAGUUACUGCACCCAUAAUCGUUGCUCCAAAUUGGAAAAUGGAUUUUGAACUCAUGUGUGAUGCAAGCGAUUAUGCGGUAGGUGCGGUAUUAGGUCAAAGAAGAUCAAAAGUUUUCCAUGCAAUUCACUAUGCUAGUAAAGUUUUGAAUGAAGCUCAAGUUAACUAUGCAACAACUGAAAAAGAGCUACUAGCCAUAGUGUAUGCGUUGGAAAAAUUUAGAGCUUAUUUGAUCGGUUCUAAAGUUGUAGUCUACACCGACCAUUCGGCGAUAAAGUAUUUGCUAACCAAGCCGCAUUCCAAACAAAGAUUAAUCCGUUGGAUUUUACUCUUACAAGAGUUUGAUUUGGAAAUCCGAGACAAAAAGGGAUCCGAAAACUUGGUGGCGGAUCAUUUAUCCCGAUUGGCAACCAGUUUAAUCCCGGAGGACCUCACUAGCAAUCAAAGAAAGAAAUUUUUAGCGGAUGCCAAACACUAUGUAUGGGAUGACCCAUAUUUAUUCAAAGAAGGUGUUGACAGCAUCUUGCGAAGAUGUGUCACCAAUGAAGAAGCGAAAGAUAUCCUUUGGCAUUGUCACAACUCUCCAUAUGGAGGCCACUAUAGUGGAUGGAGAAUAGCUACCAAAGUACUCCAAUCGGGGUUCUUUUGGCCUACUCUAUUCAAAGAUGCUCAUGAGCAUGCAAAAAGUUGUGACAAAUGUCAAAGGAGCGGAGGAAUAGGCAAACGAGAUGAAAUGCCCUUGACCAAUAUGUUAGAAGUAGAAGUCUUUGAUUGUUGGGGCAUUGAUUUUGUUGGUCCGUUUCCUCCCUCUUUCGCUAAUGAAUACAUUCUUGUUGCCGUUGACUAUGUAUCCAAGUGGGUGGAAGCACUUGCUACACCUAAGGCCGACUCCAAAACUGUGAUCAAAUUCUUAAAGAAAAAUAUCUUCUCAUGUUUUGGUGUGCCAAGGGUGUUGAUAAGUGAUGGAGGUUCACACUUUUGUAAUACACCUCUGGAAAAAGUUUUAGAACAUUAUGGUGUAAAACACAAGGUGACCACCCCCUAUCACCCACAAGCAAAUGGUCAAAUGGAAGUAUCAAACAGAGAAGUAAAUAGAACUCUUGAGAAAACACUCUCUAGCCCUAGAAAUGAGUGGUCAUUGAAACUAGAUGAUGCUUUAUGGGCAUACCGUACUUCCUACAAAGCUCCUAUUGGACUAACCCCUUUUCAGAUGGUCUACGGAAAAACUUGUCCUCUUCCGGUAGAGUUGGAACAUAGAGCACUUUGGGCUCUUAAAUUUUUGAACUUUGAUACCGCUCUGGCCGGCCACAAAAGAAAAGACCAACUCCAUGAAUUGGAAGAAUUAAGGGACCAGGCGUAUCACUCCAACAAGCUCUACAAGGACAAAGCUAAAGCUUAUCAUGAUAAGAAGGUCCGCUGCAAAAGUUUUCAUGAGGGGCAGAUGGUGUUGCUAUUCAAUUCGCGGCUUCGGUUGUUUCCCGGUAAACUUAAAUCAAAAUGGUCCGGACCAUUUGUCGUGAAGGAAGUGAGGGACUAUGGAGCCAUUGUGAUCGAGGAUCCCAAGUCUAAGGAAAGUUGGACAGUUAAUGGUCAACGACUCAAGCUUUAUCAUGGUGGAGAAGUGAUGUCAAAGCGCACAAAAACCAGAAGCACCAAUCCUAACCACUCCAUAUCAAGAUUCAUUGGAGAGGAACAAGAAGAGCGAUAUACUUACUUGUGCAACCGAACUGUCCAGGCUGAAAGGUUCAUCCGUUUCAAACCAAAUGGUCCGAUGCGGGAGUUGGUUAAAACAUUGGAAACACUUAAAUGGGGGAUGAUAUGCGAACCGGUGGAUGAGAUCAAUUAUGAUAUCGUUCGCGAAUUCUAUGCUAAUGCCAUGCCGGUAGAAGAUGGGUUAGAAUUUAUGUACAAAACAAUGGUGAGGGGAAAGACAAUCUCUUUUAAGAGGAGUGCUAUCAAUGAAUAUUUGGGAUCCCCAUUGGAGCUACCCGAUGGAGUAAGAAGUGAGUACCACAUAAGGUAUCUCACUAAUGAUUGGAACAUCCAAGUCGUCAGUGAGUCCUUAUGCCUUGAAGGAAAGACCUAUGAGUUGAAUGAUGCGGGAGCGCCAAAAGGAUGGAAAAGAGAGGAUUUUAAAGUGGAGGUUAAAGCAUUGCUAGUGGUGGUAUUGCAUAACAUAAGACCAAGAACUCACACAACACACAUCUCACUCGAAGUGGGAUACAUGCUGUUUUGCAUUUUGUACGGAGUACCGAUUGAUUUGGCCAGCAUAAUAUCUAAAGAAGUGAGGAGGGUAUCGGUUAUGGGAACAAGACAUGGAGGCAAAGCCGGUGUCCUUAUCUACCCCGGUCUAAUCAUGGGGCUUUGUUUCAAUGCACGGGUGACCAUCCCGAGUGAGGUACAUUUCAAAAUCACCAGUGUUAUUAAUGAAGCUUUUAUUACCAGGUUUUGUGAAGGCUCGACAAAGAAAGCUGAAAGAGGAGGAGCAUCCACUUCAAGGUCUAGAGGUGGUCGAGCACUUGUUUUCGAUCACAUGGCCUUCGCCACCUAUUGUGCAGAGAAUUUUGAGGCGACUCAAAGAUCCAACCGGUUCUUGGUGCAAACAUUAUCUCAACAAUUUCAGCGCACCUCUUUGGAAGCAGAGUAUGAUGCCUACGCAAAUUGGCCUAUGGGCAGGCCAGCUUUCAUGGGGGGUGCAGGAGGCAGCGGUACCGGAAAUGAGGACGAGACAAUGGAAGAUGUGAUCGGGACAGUUGGUGGUGGUGAUGAAGAAGAGGAUUGA